CUGGUGUUAGACUUUUUUUUUCGGCUGUCAGAUUCAUCGUCAUUGGCGUGUUGAUUUCAUAAUGUGUAGCCUGAUGGAGCCCGAACGGGUUUGGUUUCCCCUGGUGCCUAUACAUACAUAUAUCCAACGUCUCCCUGGACUGAUUUAAACGCUUCUUGACGUGUCACUUCAUUUUUAUUGCGAUAACGAUAACGAUAACAAUACUCCGAUACGAUCUUCCAAGAUGGAGGGAAUAUCCACAGAGGAUCUCAAAAGCUCCUGCUAUGCCCUAAUCCCGGGCCUCGAAACGUCAUACGGGUAUAAGCCGUCGCUGGCUGCGGGAAUCGUUUUCUGUGUGCUGUUUGGACUGUCAAUGCUCUUGCAUACGGUACAGUUCACCUGGUCUCGGAAAUGGUGGUAUUCGGUGUUUGCAGUCGGGUGUUUGACUGAGGUCCUGGGCUGGGCAGCACGAACAUGGUCUUCAGAAUGUCCGUAUAAUGGAACUGCCUUUCUGAUGCAGAUAUCCACCUUGAUUAUCGCACCCACCUUCUUCACAGCCGGCAUCUACGUCGUCCUAGGCCAACUCAUCCGCAUCCUCGGCCGCGAAAGUUCCAUCCUCCCUCCCAACAUGUACCUCUGGAUCUUCUGCACCUGCGACGUCAUCUCGCUCGUCGUGCAGGCCAUCGGCGGCGGCAUGGCAUCCUCAGCAUCCAACGACGUAAACGGCAACACAGCGCCCGGCACAAACACGAUGGUGGCGGGAAUCGUUUUCCAACUCGCCUCGAUAACAGUAUUUGUCUUUUGCGGGCUCGACUUCCUCAACCGCUGUCGCAGACCGCAUCUGCAGAGCCGAUUCACGUCCAAAAUGCGCAUGUUGGUCGCUGCGACUGCGUUCUCGGUCGUGUGUAUCUACGUCCGCAGCAUUUAUCGGACGAUUGAGCUGCUGCAGGGCUGGAAAGGGUAUUUGAUUACCCAUGAGUGGUUUUUUAUUGGGUUGGAUGGGAUUACCAUGGUGUUGGCGGUUGUUACGUAUAACUUCUUCCAUCCGUGGUGGUUUCUUCCUGAGGAAGGGAAGUCGUCUAAGGAGGAGGGAGCGUAUCCUUUGACUGAUGAUGGGGAUUAUUCUGCUCGUAGGGUUUAAUUUGUGGGGGAUGGUGCUUUUGCUACUUAUUUGCUAUAGACGGUUGCUAUAUCUCAGUCUGAUUUCUAUAUUAUAGAACUUGCUUACUUGCUUGAUAUUAGGCUAUAUAUUGCUAUGCUAAUUGGAUAAGAUUCAUAAAACAUUAUUCAGUGCCCAAUAAACAAGACUGGGGCAAUGGCGCA